CAUCUGUAUGCCGUACUCUUGGACAGUUGAAAUCUUGCAGAUCCUCCACGGGGCGACAAAGACCACGUGCGGACUUCCAGAUGAAGGUAACCGGCUUCCACGGAGUUGAAAUAGGUCGUUUGAACCUGUCUCGUCGCAGAUGUACUUGUUCGUAGAAGCUCAAAGCUUAUAUCCACUCGGUUGUUCUUUGGAGCCAAGUCAUCCUGUAGUUGUCUCGGGAGAGUCUGCUCUUGGAAGAAUUCUGGAAGCGAUCAAGCGAGCCGCUCGUCGAGAGGUCUGCUACGAGGAUAAUCGAACCGAGCAGCACUGCGGUGGAAGAGAAUGGAUGUCUUGCACCGUCUAUCGAUGUCAAUCUGGGGUUGACAGGUGCGGAAAGGACGGUCGCAGUCUUGGAGACUUGGUCAGCGGAUGGCGAAGACUGGCGUGUCUCACAGAUGGAGGCACCAUACCUGCGGGUUCACUGUGGAUUGAUGCAGAAAAAGAACACGGAUUACUGCGCACGUCACACCAUUGGAGAUUUUCGAGAGGAUCAUUCGAUUUGUGGAAGCUAACGCUCGUGAAAAGCGACCUUUUAUCUCUCUCUAGCUACGCUGAAUCGCUUCUAGGCAUCUCUGCCGGCGAAGUUGUGAGAUCAAGCACCAUCAGCGGUGUGUGUGUCUGUAUGUUUUGCGAGGCGCUUACCAGGCCGAGACAGCAGCAGGAGCGCUGUUCCAGUCACCGCCAGCGUCAGCGGCAACAGCAGGGAGGUCGGCCAUCCAGUCGCCCUCAGGAGCGAAUUCAGCAGCACCAGCACCAGCGGUGUAGUCGACGGCUGAUGAAUCACCAUCGGCGGCAGCAGCACCAUUAGGGUCGGGGCAACGACCAGCGCCGUGGCCGAAGUUGUUGCAGAGACGGCACUGGACCUUCGACCAGUUCUUGGGCUCGGUGCAGUCCUUGGAGAAAUGACCUGUAAGCUCGCAGUUGCGACAGGUAAUGUUGUCCUGUUGUUGU